AUGGUCAUUACAUAGUGUAAUAACACUAGCAUUACAUUGUACUUUAUACAUGCUAAUUUUAUUAUUUACAUUUUACAGUUUGAAGUCCAAUCUGGAUUAAAGCAGGGUGAUGCAAUGUCUCCUUUACUAUUUAAUUUAGCACUUGAAAAAAAUAAUAGAGAUAUAUCAGUAAACCAUGAAAUGGAGCUGAACGGCAAAAAUGUAAUGCUAGCGUACGCUGACGACAUUGUUAUUAUAGGUGAUACAGAAAACGAUGUAGUUGAGGCUACACGGAAAUUAAUAGAGUCCAGUCACAGAAUGAACCUAACUAUCAAUGAGGAAAAACCAAAUACCUGA